AUGUCAAAGUAUAGGGUUCCAUUACCACCUUAUAAUUUUAAAAGUAAAAUACAAAAAAUAGAUGAAGAAUUUUUGAAGACUGAAAAUUUUAAGAGAAUAAAUAAUCGGAAAAACAAUGAAAUCAGGGAUAUGUUUAUAAAAUUAGGAGAAGAUGGUUAUUCAGAUGCUUCAUGUUUUUACUCAUUAGGAAAUACUAAGAUUUUAUGUUUAAUAUAUGGGCCUAAACCUGAUUCAAAGAAUGCAACUUAUAAUAAAGGAAAAGUUUUUUUAGAUAUCAAAAGUUUGAAUAUGAACACAUAUGGAUCUAAUGAAAAAAGUGAUGAUGAUAUAAAAAGUUUAUUAAUUGAAUGCAUUUCAAAUAUUAUUAUUUUAGACAAAUAUCCACACUGUUCUAUUUAUAUUAAAUGUUUAAUAAUUCAAAGUGAUGGAGGAUGUUUAAGUGCUGCAUUAACAUGUAUAUCCCUUGCAUUAAUUAAGGCGCAAAUACAAAUGCAUGAUAUGAUUAUAUCUAUAAAUAUACAUUCUAUAAUUUGUCCCAAAACGAAUAGAGUUUAUCAUCUUGUUGAUUUGGAUGGAUUAGAAGAAAAAUAUUAUAGAAGUAAAUAUGAAAUGAAUGAAAUAACAUUAGGCAUAUGUUUAAAUUUAAGGACAGUUUGUUUUUUCCAUGGUUCAGGGAAUUUUUUUAAUAGCAAAACAUUAGAAGAAAUUAUUAGCUACGCUGAAUGUGCUUGUAGAUCUUUAGGUUAUGAAAUAAAAAAAAUUUUAAAAAAUUAUAUUUUAAAAAAAUAG